CCGGCAUUCCAUCCCAUUAGGCAUCAACCUCCCAGCACGAACCCAGUCUUUGCAACUAAUCCUCGCCAACCAGACGCAAGCAUGAGGCCACAGGUGCUGCUCGCCGCGCUGGCCAUCGUCGUCGUCCUCGCAGCAACUCUGCCCCUUACCAACGGCCAAGGUGCGACCCCAAGCGCGUCGCCGUGCUGCAACAACUGCGGCACCUGCACCAAGUCCAUCCCGCCCAGGUGCACGUGCAUGGACGCGUCGCCCAGCGGCUGCAACCCGUCCUGCAAGACCUGCGACAAGACCACCGUCGCCGGCCGUGACAGCUUCCAGUGCAAGGACCGCGUCGCCAACUUCUGCCAGCGCAGCUGCGCCUCUGCGGCGUGAUUGGACACCUGUUGUUGCCUGAAUAAUGCCGAUUAGCUUGCGCUUUUCCUUUAUUUUUUGCAGUAUUUACGAUUUCCCUCUGCAUCCUGAUCUGGUUGAUGCAGAGAAGAAAUGAGAGUUCAGUGCAUGCUCGUUGUUC